GCUCGGUGCAGCCAUCAAUCAGCGGGCGGUGUGCUUGACGUGCUCUGCCUCCCCCUUGUCCUCAGAAGAUCACAAGCUCCAGACGGCACAGCUCCUGUCCCUACUGCUGCCAAACUUUUCCCUCUCAUGCAGCAGGGCACGCAUCGCCUGCCACCCACAGCCUGAGUUCUCUGCCUCAGGGGCUCCAGCAGCUACCAUGCCCCAGCUGAGCAGCGGCGGAGAGGAGGACCUGGGCGCCAGCGAUGAGAUGAUCGCCUUCAAAGACGAGGGCGACCAGGAGGAGAAGAUCCAGGAGAAUGCCUUCACUGAGCGCGACCUGGCCGAUCUCAAGUCAUCGCUGGUGAAUGAGUCUGAGGCUCCCGCCGACCACCCGGAGGUAAGCCCUGUUCCCGGGCUCCUAGCCCCCUGCCCCGCCGACCCCACAACUUCUCAACCCCUGCUGUCUCCACAGGCGAUCCGGCGGGCACAGGAUGCGCACAGAGUUUAUCAGGAGAAGCUGGCAGAUCACAUGGAAGAUGGCCUUAAACAUCAGGAAGAGCCCAUGUACAAAGGUUCAGGAUAUUCCAGCUAUCCAUUCCUUAUGCUGUCUGAUCCCUAUCUUUCUAAUGGAUCUAUGUCUACACUGUCCAGUAAGGUUCCUGUGGUGCAGCCAUCGCAUGGGGUCCACCCUCUCACACCUCUCAUUCCAUACAACAACGAGCCAUUCAGUCACAGUUCCCACUCGCCACAUCUUCCUGCAGACCUCAACCAGAAACAAGGUGCACACAGACCUCCCCAAACACCAGAUAUUCCUGCAUUUUAUCCUAUUCCUCCAGGAGGCGUUGGACCAAUUUCACCUUCCAUGGGCUGGCAAAGUCAGCCUGUCUAUCCUCUAUCUUCUUGUGGAUUUAGACAGCCAUAUUCACCAGCACUAUCUACAGGUGCAUCAUACUCCAGGUUUACCCAUCCCCUAAUGCUUGGGUCUGGUGUACACACAACAGGAAUUCCUCACCCAGCGAUAGUGCCUUACUCAGGGAAUAAAGACAUGGAAUGCUAUGAGAGGGGCAUGAAACCUCACUCGGAACCAAAAAGAGAAAGAGAACCCAAGAAGCCGACCAUAAAGAAACCACUGAAUGCUUUUAUGUUAUAUAUGAAAGAGAUGCGUGCAAAGGUUAUUGCCGAGUGCACAUUAAAAGAGAGUGCGGCUAUCAACCAGAUUCUGGGAAGGAGGUGGCACGCACUAUCCAGAGAAGAACAAGCGAAGUACUAUGAACUGGCUAGGAAAGAAAGGCAGCUCCAUAUGCAGCUCUACCCUGGCUGGUCCGCGCGGGACAACUAUGGAAAAAAGAAACGAAGAAGCAGAGAAAAACAUCAGGAUUCCGGCUCAGGAGGAAAAAGAAGUGCAUUCGGUACUUACAAGGAGAAGGACGCUGUGGCAGCCCACUUUCUUCCGAUGGAAGUGCUGUAGACUCGCCUUCCCCUCCAGUGACUGCACUCCAAUGCAUAUCAAGUUCUGCUUAUUAUUCUUGCAAGCUUACUAUCCCAGCUGAUUCUGCACAAAGUGAGCAAAAGUGUUCUCUGCCCGCUUCUAUUAAGGCCAUAUCUGCACAGGUAACUACUGGACAUAUAACCACAUGUCAUCCAUCGAAUGCCUCUGAGGAGUCCGUGGCAGGAGUCAGUCCUACUAUCUUGGCAACAUAACGUUGUGAUGAGCUCGCCCUCCCCCUUCCCUCUGCCGUUGACUAUGCUGCAUUGGACACUUUUCUGAGCCUAUAUACUGAGACUUUCUGAAGACAGAGCUCCAGAACACAGUUUUGUCUACCAUCAUCUGAAUCAAAAGAGAAGGAGAGAGUAGAUUUUCUGAGGAACAUUGCUUCGUUUUUUUUCUCCUUUAUGCUUAUUUUUUAUUCUGCCAAUGGACUUGUUUAGCUAAUCUUUCUGAAAUCCUAUUUUUAUUUUAAUGACAGGACAAUCUGUUAGUUCUUGUAUUUCCAGAAGUAUAUGUUUUUCUGUAUUGUUUACAAAUGUUUGGCCAAGCAGGAUUUAUUAAAAAAUAGCACUUG